GGCUUCAUCCCCCUGCUGCUGCGGGCGGAGCCGUAUCCGACCUCCCGCUACGGGGCCCAGUGCCUGCAGUCCAACAUCAUGGGCAUCGAGAACAUCUGCGAGCUGGCGGCCCGCCUGCUCUUCAGUGCCAUCGAGUGGGCCAAGAACAUCCCCUUCUUCCCCGACUUCCAGCUCUCGGACCAGGUGUCCCUGCUGCGCAUGACCUGGAGCGAGCUCUUUGUCCUCAACGCCGCCCAGUGCUCCAUGCCGCUGCACGUGGCCCCGCUGCUGGCGGCCGCCGGGCUCCACGCCUCGCCCAUGUCGGCCGACCGGGUGGUGGCCUUCAUGGACCACAUCCGGGUCUUCCAGGAGCAAGUGGAGAAGCUCAAGGCCCUGCACGUCGACUCGGCGGAGUACUCCUGCCUCAAGGCCAUCGCGCUCUUCACGCCAGACGCAGUGGGCCUCUCGGACCUGGGCCACGUGGAGAGCGUCCAGGAGAAAUCGCAGUGUGCCCUGGAGGAGUACGUCCGGAAUCAGUACCCCAACCAGCCCAGCCGCUUUGGCCGGCUGCUGCUCCGCAUGCCCUCCCUGCGCAUCGUCUCCGCGCCCGUCAUCGAGCAGCUCUUCUUUGUCCGCCUGGUGGGCAAGACGCCCAUCGAGACCUUAAUCCGGGAUAUGCUGCUGUCGGGCUCCAGCUUCAACUGGCCCUACAUCCCCAUGCAGUGAGGAGGGAGGCAGGAGGAGCUGGGGUUUGUGGGGUGGCAGAGACGCACCCCUGGAUUCUGUCCGGAGCAGGCAGGGUCACGGCGACUCCUCCCUGCUUUGGAGGAAUGGGCAGGGCUUCCCGCCGGAGGGCGGGCGUUGACGGUUCCAUGGCACGGGGGUGCCAGGCCUAGCGCCUGGACUCUGGAGAACAAAGGGGCACGGAGCUGACUCUGGAGGGGUUCAAUUCUCCGCGGGCCCUUCUUGUUCCGCUUCCAUGGGGGCAGGAAUUCCCCCCUCCCGGCCCCGAGCUGCCCGUCCUUCCACCAGCCUGACAGACAAAACCACCUGUAACCUUGCAAGCCACCUGUACCCGUUUGCUUCUGUUUGACCUGUAUGCACAGAAAACUCUGUACCUGCCCCGGCCUGUGCGUGGACUCUGCCACACAGGGACCACACGUACGCACCCUACUCGGGGGGGCUGCC